UGAUAGCUCGGAUCACAUGACCAUCUCAAGUCUCCUCCCCCAGUGUAGGCAAUCACUCCGGGCCUGAAGCUGCACAUUUUCUUGGAGGACUCACGGGCUCAGUCACCGAGUAGCCUAGUGCCGCAUAUAUAGCAGAAUGGGAGUCGAUUGGUUUGGCUUUGGAUACGCAGCCCUGGUGGCCUCUGGAGGAGUUAUUGGCUAUGUAAAAGCAGGUAGCGUUCCUUCUUUGGCAGCAGGUCUUCUGUUUGGGAGUUUAGCAGGGCUAGGUGCCUAUCAGACGUCCAAUGAUCCUAAGAAUGUAUUACUUUCCCUGAUUGCUUCAGGCACAUUAGCUGGAGUAAUGGGAAUUCGUUUCUACAACUCUGGAAAAUUCAUGCCUGCUGGAUUAAUUGCUGGUGCCAGUUUAUUAAUGGUUGGAAGAAUUGGACUGAAAAUGUUAGAGAAACCUCAUAAACCAUAAUGAAAAAUUAUUUGCACUGAAAUGUAAGAUGUAUAUUUCUAAGACCUGCCACCUUUUUUUGUUAAUCAAAAAUUAGUAUAUGACCUUGUUAUACUUCAAUUAAAUAAAUAAUUGGUCUAAUCAAAAA